AUGGCGCCUUUAACUCGUUCGGCCGCUGGGGCAUUCACACCGGUUGCCCAGCCGCAUAGACAACCCGAGGUCAUCAGUAUUGACGAUGAUUCGCAACAAUCUUACGAUGACGAUGAAGAAUUGGAGGACGAGGAAAUGAAUUCGGAAGAUCAAUCGGAGGACCAAUCUGAAGACCAAGAUGAGGACAUGAACGAAGAUAUGGAUGGCGACACCGUAUCGGAGACUGGGUCCGAUGUUUCUGAUCCCGAGCCCUCUCUGCAGCCUGCCUUUGGUGUCUCGGCCAAAUCUCAAGACACCCCGCUGUUCACCGCCGCAGGCGCCCAGGAAGCACUGCACCCCCUUCGCCGGACGGCUGACCGCGUCACUCGCCAGAUCGAAGCAUUCGCCGAUAAGCUGGAUCAGUUCAAGCGCGACAAUUCAACCGACGAUUUCAACAGUGCCCAGGCAGCUUACAAGCUCGUACAGAGCUACCGCGACAUUGCGAACAAUGCGAUCAAGGAAAUCGAGACCCAACAGACCGUUGACCGGACGAAGACAGGCUUGCGGUCGAGCGGGUCACAAGACACCAAAAGUUACGAGGAGAUACGGCGAUUGCAACUUGAGGCCGAUACUUGGCGCCUCCUGCUCAACCUAAUCAGCAUUGACGACCCCUCCAGCCGGGCUAGCUACAAGGCAGGACGACAAACAGCUUUCCAGAACCUUCACCGCUACUCAACCGAUCGAGAGAUCUGGGAAGAGUUCCUCAAUGCCGACCAAUAUGGCCUUGAAUGCGUUGUCGCCAUGCGAUGGUUGGAGGAGACCUCCAAGACAGGAAGCCAAGAGUUUGAUACCCUGAUCAGGGAAAUGGAGGAGCAAUCGCACAGGGGUCAAGGAUUGUGGACAACCGGUUGGCUUUGCACCAAAGAAUCGAUCAAGGGUCACAAACGUUUGCGCGCUUGGCCACAACCUCUCGAGCCCAAUGACCCGGGAAUCUCGCGCUCGCUUCUGAGCAAAGACGAACAGAAACCGCUAGUCACUCAACUCGACCCCGAUGCUAUCACUCGUCAGAAGCACGGUUUAGAAAAGGAGGACGAAUUCUUCGAGCGCGCCACUUGGAUCACUUGCUGGAAGAUGCUUAGACAGGGCGAGAACUGGACUAAGAUUCGUGAAUGGGCAGAGGCUCGUCUGGAAGGAUGGAGGGCCGUCAGCUUGUGCGGCUCUAGUGUGGAUCCUAAGUCGGCAAGUUCUCGAUACCCAUCUGACGAUGGCCACACACGUUUGAUGAACAGUCGAUCCCAGGAUUCAUGGCGCACCGCUUGCUCUGCGCUAACACGCGACCCCAAUACUGAUGAAUUCCAGCGAGCGGUCUACGCCUUGCUUUCUGGCGAAACCGAUGCUGCAGCCAGUGUCUGCCGCAGCUGGGACGACUUCCUUUACGUGUACUUCAACCGUGUCGUGCUCUCACGCUAUCAGGGAUUUUGCAAGCAAUUCCAGCGGAAACUCAGCCACUCCUCCAACACCCCUGUGGAAUUCAAGCCGGAACCCGCUGGGCACGCAGAACUUCAAAAGUUCCUUGUCUAUCUCAAGGGCAAUGAGCGGGUCAGCGGCGAAGCCCGUAAUCCCUUCCGCAACAUCCAGGCCACGAUUCUCAGCAAAGGAUACGAUACAUUCUUUACUGCUCUGGCUCACGCUGUAUCUCAAGUGAGCGCCGAUAAAUACGGGAAUACCUCUGUUAUCCCAGAGAUCGUGCGCAAGCCAGUAGAUGAAUCUUUCCUCAUAGCUGCCGAUGACGAAGAAGCUCUCAGAAUUGCAGCUCAUGUCUACGUUGUGGCCAGUGCGAGGGGCUACGCCCGCGUGGAUGCCCAUUUCGUUGAAACGGCGUCGGUCAUCGUGGCUGGACAUAUUGCCAACCUGGAAGACCGGGGUCUAUUCCAUCUUGUCCCACUUUACGUGUCCCUCCUCCCCGCGCCAAUGGGACACGAAGUUCUAUCCAAGAUUCUCAUUGAAAUUGUUGACCCACAAGAGAAGGUACAGCAAGUUCGCCUCGCGCGGAAACAUCACAUUGACAUGGAAACUGUUCUCGAUGUUCAAUGGGCGUGGGUGAAGGAACAUGUCUCUGCGAUUGAUCAUUCUAGAGGAGUCACUGGCUAUUCGAGAGUGCUGCGACGACCUGACGGUUCCCGGGCAUUGGUGUCACCCAAGACCGACUUGAUUGGGACCUCUGUCGCUCCGGAAGAUGACAGGAUGAUUCGCAGUCUGGAGUGGCUUCGCUACAUAGAUGGACAGUGGGAUAAGAUCUGUGAUCUUGGAUCCUGGCUGUACCGCAAGUUCUUCCUUGCUGAUAAGCUUGCCGCUGCUCGCGAGUUGAGUUUCCGUAUUCGGUUGGCUGAUAUCUCAAUUGAAAAAUUCGGAUCCGAUAUCAUUUCGAUGCCUCCGCAAGAGGGCGCACAUACUGAGGCAACUACGCCAACUAGCCCCACCAAAUCAAAGAGAAACAGCCUCCACCGGCGAAGUCUUUCCGGCUCCCACAACAUUGCACUGGUUUCGGCAUACUACAAGGCUCAUAGGGUUCUAGAUCUGGAGAGUUUGGCUCUCGGGUUUGAUGCUGUGGAGCAAUUUGCAUUGGUGCACGAGCAGAUGUCCAAGACCAAACGUCGACGUGACUCGGGCACCUUGAAGGGCAUGGGUCAAGAUAUGAACGAAUGCGUGACUAUUUUAGAAGAUUGGGUUGGAGCAGUGGUCGCUGAAGACUGGCUACCCACAUCUACUGAUGCCGAGGAAGAACAAGACUUCGAACACAUUCGGACGACCUACAUUCCAGAGCUGCUUCUCGACUGGCACAACGCCUUGUACUACGCCAGCCACGCCCUUGAGCGACACGACCUGUUGACAUCCUGCAUGAUUGUGUCUAUCUGGGCUGCAAACUACGAACACAUCACUCGUGCCUUUACAAAGUCACGACGAAUGGCCGAGCUUGUCGACGUGCUCGCUUUGUCGAGCAAGGCCUUGGUCAUCCGGGACUCCAACCAGCGCAAGUCCCCAAUGGACCACACCACCUUUGAAAAGGGCCAGGAACUGAAGAUCUGGGAUGUCACGAUCUCCGAAGAAGAAAAGAAGCGGCUUGGGAUCGUUUCGUCCGCAGACCGGGAGCAGUAG